AUGUUGUCGCUCGCAGGAUGGAGGACUGUGGGCAUCAAUGCACUAUCUGACCACUCCAAAGGAACUUGGAAAUCUUACCAAUCUCUUAUCAUUAGACAUGUGCUUCUUGUUGUAUAUCCCUAUGGCAUAUUUUCUUUAAUGCAUGGAUACUCUGCAAUGGCAGGCACAAUGGUCCAACCGAUUGACUGGCAUCAAAGAUGGAGAAUAGCUGUGGGAUCAGCAAGGGGCCUGGCCUAUCUUCAUGACGACUGUUAUCCUAAAAUCAUACAUCGUGAUGUCAAGGCGUCCAACAUUCUUCUUGAUCAUAAUUUUGAGCCCAAGGUUGCAGAUUUUGGGUUAGCAAAGUAUCAACCAGGAGAUCACACUCAUGUUUCCACAAGAAUAAUGGGAACUUUCGGGUCAAAUCCUGAAAGCUCAUUCUUAUAUAUGCGGUUGCUUCUGCAGGCUAGACCCUUGAUUCAGCAGGUUGCAGAGGAUGGCAGCCUUCAAAGCCUUAUCGAUCCACGACUAGGAAGUGAUUACGAUCCAUCCAUAAUGAUGCGGAUGGUCGAGUGCGCUGCAGCUGCUGUGCGCCAAUCAGCGCUGCAGCGUCCAUCCAUGGUUCAGAUCCGUAAAUACCUGCAGGGGGAAGCACGAGCAGAUGAUCUGGGUGGCGUUUUCAAAAUUACAACAGUAGAAGACUCUUACAGCACCAGCAUGGAAUCCGGGGAUUCCGGUGAAUCCGUUGGACCGAGGCCAAGAAGAACGCAGCGGAGUCAGGGGAACACUAGCAACGACUACAACAGCGAACAGGCUCCGGGAGACAAACCAAACUGGAGCACGGGCAGCGUGUGGUUAAGUCUGAAGUGA